AUGAGCUCGACUGUGGCAAUGAUUAACCAGAUUUGUAUCUCAACGGAAAUCGUCGUUUUCAAUGUUCUUGGACUGUUUGGAAAUAUCAAUUUUCUAUGUCUGACAUACAUCAAACCUGCAUUACGAUCUAAAUCUUAUUAUAUCCAGUGUGCUCUAAGCGUAUCCCACAUAUUUUGUCUGCUCUUCGAACUACCAAAUGCCGUUCUUCUGUUCACUGGAAUCCAGCUCAGACGCAACAUUUGCUUUCCGGCAAUAUCGCUUUACAUAUUCUUUAUCUGUGCUCAAGCUGUAAUAAUGCUCAUGCUGGUCGUCGAUCUUUUCAUUAUUGUCUUCUUCACCACUUUCUACCGUCGGAUUGAAAACACAACUUACACGGCUAUGAUGUUAUUCAUACCUUUUGUCUAUUCAGCAUUCACAGUUGCGUGGGGUUUUGUGAAAAUGGAUGAUGAAUUGGUGAUCUUCUGUAAUCCACCGAUCAGUCUUCAUCCAGUUGUCAGUAGAUGGUGGUCAAUGUCUAAUGUUGCUCUCAAUUCAAUCACUCUCUGCCUGUUUCUGUUCUUAAUAAUUACUUUUCAUUUUAGAGGAAAGAAACAAAAAAGCGACACAAGAAAACUGAUGAAACGUUUGAAAGUUUCCGUGGUUGUAUUCGUUUUCUCUUGGUACAUGUGUACUCUCGGUGUCGAUUUGUUUGUUGCAAUCGGAAUGACCGGAUCUGUUCUUGUGUUUUUCCAAAGCAAUAUGGUUUUCUUCGCACUUCUCUGCUAUACUCAACCAUUUUAUGUAAUGCUCUGGAGAUCAUCCGAAUAUCGAAUUGCGUUUGUAGAGAUGUGGAGUUUCCUGGGAUGUGUGAAAAGCAUGAAAUCAAAAGGAUGGUUGGAAAAAACUUCAAAAGUUACAACUGCGGUCUCUGUGAUGGAUUCAAGCAAACAAUAA